AUGUCCACAAUCAGGGGCGACGCAUCGCCUGCUGCGCAUGCCGAGGUUGGUUCGGGACUACAAGCCGGACUGGACGCCCCUGCGCCAAUUGAUGCUGGACUUGAGACUUGGGAAGACACCCAUGAGCGAACCCCAUUAUUGCAACAAGACAACGAAGAAUCCCAACCGGAGCCUGAUUAUCAGGCCGGCCCACCAGAUGAUGCUCCCACCGAUCAAAAAGGUCUUUGGCAGACAUGGAGAAGGCCAAGCGUCCUGUGGAUUCUUCCGUUUCUUGUCAUUUAUAUGCUAGGAUUCGGCGGCACUGCAGUGCCCAAGAUUAACCUGAUGAUGUCUCUCAUUUGCAGAGACUAUAUGGCCAGAAAAGCGACUCAGGAUCCAGGUUUCACGUAUUUGCCUGUCAUCAUUGGGAAUAAGAAUUCCCAGUGUCAGACACCCGAAGUUCAGUCAUUACUUGCUCAGUUCCAGUUGUAUUUCAAUCUCCUGGCCGGGAUACUAUCUGCGCUAGCAUGCCCCCGACUGGGUCACCUAUCAGAUCGCUACGGUAGGACAAAGAUACUGGCCCUUAGCGCAUUGGGGACCGUUUUAGCGGAAGCUAUCUUCGUCUUUGUCGCAGCUAAGCCAGACCUUGUAUCUGUGAAUGUGCUUCUAGUGGCUGCCAUUGUCGAUGGCGUCUGUGGUUCUUUCACCACCAUCAUGGCGCUGACAAUGUCGUAUGCCUCCGACUGCACCAUCCCAUCGAAGCGGAGUGCGGGAUUCGGGUAUGUGUACGGCUCUCUUUUCGCCGGAGUUGCAGCCGGGCCUCUGCUGGCGGCUAUCUUGAUCAAGCAAUCAGGCCAGGCACUGAGUACCUUUGAGGCCUCGUUGGCCAUGCAUGCGCUCUACCUCAUUGCGCUCAUGACCAUCAUCCCGGAAUCAUUAUCAACAGAGCGUCAGCAGCAAGCGCGGGACAGUCACCGAAGAAAAGUCGUCGACGAAGGGGAGGCUGGCUGGCUGAGCCUGGAGAACCUCAACCCCAAAAGGCUAAUUACACCUUUAUCUGUUUUGCUACCGCCAGUAGGACGUCCCAGCACGCUUUUCCCUAAUCGUCACGGCGCGAGUCCGGCCUUGCGCAGAAAUAUUAUUCUUCUUACAGCGAUAGAUACUAUUGCAUUUGGGGUCGCAUUGGGAACCGCUCAAGUGGUCAUUAUUUAUGCCGAGUACAAAUUCGACUGGGGCAAUGUGGAAUCAAGCCUCUUCAUUUCAAUCAUCAGCAUCGCCCGAGUCGUGAACCUUUUUGUUGUAUAUCCGAUUAUCACCGCAAUCUUCCGUGAACCACACAAACCAGAUCACAUCGUUCCCGGCUCCAGCACCUGCGAAGUUGUUCUUAUACGACUUUCUCUCUUAUUAGACAUGGCUGGCUAUGUGGGAUAUGCAAUGUCAAAUCAGGGUUCCCUCAUGGUAUUCUCGGGAAUAGUCACAGCGCUUGGCGGCAUGGGGAUACCGACAAUGCAAUCAUCUCUCACGAAACAUGUCCCUCGGGAACGGUUAGGUCAGAUCCUUGGAGCGAAAGGACUCUUGCAUGCGCUGGCUCGAGUGAUUGCGCCAACCGCUUGCAGUCUCCUUUACAGCCUGACGGUUGGAAAAUUCACUCCAGCGCGGUGCACAAGGUUAACCACCAUGGUCUCCAAACCCACCAACGGCACACCAGCUGUGCCCUCACGAAAUGCCCUACGAGUGCUCCGUCGAUUAGCUCUUGCAGGAUCAACUGUGGGAAGCUUCUGUACGGUUGCAGCUAUUACCUACGACGUCCACCGUCGGGUGCGCGUCGCGGAACGAAUUGUCGAGAACAAGCGGGCCCUGCAAACCUCAGCGCCGAACUACGAUGCAACGUCUGCAGCAAGGAGACUGGCACGUAUGAUGGAGGCGGCUGAGGCGGGAGAGUUUAUGGGUCUGGAAUCUCUCAAGGAGCAAGACCGGAAGUUCAGAGAAGCGCAAGCUGUCCCGGCUAGGGGAGACCUGCAAGACCAACAACCUGCCGCCCCUGCUGAGUCUUACAUGGAUAUUACACGCUCAAAGUUGAUUGACUCCUUUACUCCCGGACAAGUACCAGCGAAACCGACCUCAGCUCCCGAUCUCCCUCCGAACCUAACACGGUCGACCGAUGCACUGGACCGAGCAAAAUCCGCCCUUGCACAUGCGAACCAAAGAACAGUCGAAGAUCAUGAGAAGCAAACAGAUGAUGCAGCUCAAUGGCAUGAUUCAGUCACGGAAGAAAUGCAAAAGUUUCUCCACCACGGUCGGCCUAUCGAUGCUGCCCACUUGUUUUUGGACGCUCACCCUGCGACGGUGAGCGGCAUAUCUACAGAUAGACGGGAAGUUACGGUCAAGACAUUCUAUGCCAAUUGCAAGGAAGAGAACGUUAUGGUUGCGAGGAACAUCUUCGAACGCCUAGAAGACGUGGAUAAGGUGUCUCCUGGCAUGUGGAAAGUUUUGAUGUUCGCGCUAGCGAGAAAGGGGAGCAUCGAAUCCGUCGCCACUAUAUUCACUCGAUACAUGCACAAAUUCAGAGUUCCCCCCGAAAUGGUUGAUAUCGUGCUCCGAUGCCUGCUAGAGUCUCAUCGACUUACCACGGCGAAAUGGUUUCUUCUUAGAAAUCUUGAGGUUGAUCGUGGCUGUGGCCUAUGCGGCGCCUAUCUUGCAGGGCUUUGGAAAAAGACAAGGAGUAUCGAGCUUCUAAACGGGCAAUUGAAGAAAAUAUUGACAAUACUUCCUCGCUUGGGAAAGGAACCCACCGACAAGCUCUUCAACCCCGUGAUCAAAGCAUACGUGGAAUUUGGUCGGCUGGCUGAUGCAGAAGCUCUGGUCAAAGACAUGACGACUAAGUACGGCAUUCCCCUUCGUUGCCGAACAAAAGGUCUUUUGGUAUUUGGCAGGGCUUUGGCCUGUGACUGGGAGGGCGUGGACGCUGGGCUACAGCAGAUGCAUGAGCUCAAGUUGACUUCGAGGAAGUACGACUUUACGCCGAUAUUUGACCGUAUCUUCCUUGAAUACUGGGUAUCGCAUUCGGGUGAUGAAAUUCGCGACUUUGUCUAUCGUUACAUCGAAAAGUUCCAAAUGGUUCCCGAUAAAAUUCUUUACAAGCACAUACUGGAGGCAUUUGUGGAAAAGGGUGAUAAGGAAAUGGUUGAUGAAUUUGUGCGGUUCGCACGUGAGCGCCGUUGGCCGAACUACAUCAAUGAGCAGGAGUUCUUGGAAAUGCUUCGAAAACGUCGUCACGCUCUUGAGGAAGCACCGGUGGGAUUCUGGCAGAUGCUGCAGGCAGCUCGGAUGAAAUAUGGGCAAGCUGCCACAUCACAACAAGUGCUCGGAUAUGACCAGCGAUCAUUCCCACUUGCGGAAGUCAACCUGAUGCCGUACACGCAGGACCCGUUAUCGUGGUAUCAGCGAACGCUGCAGCACAUGACACCCUCGAGACCAGUCGACCAAUACCAAAAGCUUCACAAGCAGAUGUCUCAUUACAUGCAUGUCGGUAAGCUGACGGAGGCGUUGAAGUGCUAUGAAAAUGCUAGGAACGCUCGGUUCCAGUUCAAGCAGUUGCAUGUUGAACUUGCAGUCAUUUGUACGCUGCUCGAAGAGGGUGUCGCAACUGGGAAUAUGCAUGGCAUGCGGUGGUGCAUCCUGACCGCUCUGGCCCGAGGAAGCGCACUGAAUCGUGACUUUGUAAUCGAAGCCCGCCGGGUCACUGGAAACCUGCAUCGUCAGCUAAGCUCAGCUGAAGGGUCGAAGGAUGUGUCUCGGGACAUGGAGAAGGCAGAAUAUCUGUCCCAUGCUGUUGAACUACUGGAGAAGAAGAGCCAAGGCGAUCCCCAGCUUUGGCAGCUAAAGACCAAUCCGACGGUGAAAAAGGCCGGUCGCCGGCUGCUAAAGCGCCCUCUCGAUGAAAGGCGUCUGUACAAGAAGGCCCAUCUUCACGAGACUAUCGAGGGUUGGGAUGAGGAAUAUGAGUUGGAGGCCGUGCUAGGCCGCAUUGACAUCGAUCCGAAAUCAAUUGCACUUCGAUGGAGCGAGAAGCACUGUCUGGGGCAGAUUCGUGAAAUUGACGAUCUGCUGUGA